AGAUGAGCUAGGUGUUGGAGAUGGCUGAACCGAAGAUGGGUGAGCACGUUGUUGCGGAUGGCUUCGACUUUCCUCUUUUGUUUGUUCCGGAGUUGGGGCCGCCUCCGCCGUCGUUGGUGUUCACAUUAACUAUUAGAGUAGCCCGUUAUGUCUACAAGCUUGAUGAUGGAAGCGAGCAAGUUGUUGACAAGCAUGAUGUUGUGUUUGAUUUCAACAUUUCUGGUAUGUCAUGGGUUAGCUUCAAUGAAGAUGUGGCAGAACAUAUCAAAAUGGUGUUGGCUGAUGAGGCGACACAUGCAGCAUCACAACUUGAUGUGGCCGUCACUCCAACAAGGCACAUGAUCACUAUGCCACAAAGUCUCCAAGAAAGUCCCAAUCCAGUGACAAGAAGGAUGUUGGCCAUGGCGUUGGCUGAUGAGGCGUCGCAGAAACCUACCCCUACCAUGGAAGACACCAUGAUAGCAUACGACAUGGCCUCAAGCUCAAAAGCUAGAAAGUUGACCCCGAAGAGAAGGAAGUACUAGUGAUGUGCUUGAUCUUCUCUAUACUUUUGGUUGUAAUAUGACAGACUUAGCAUCCUUCACUUUGGAUGUAACAUGGCAGCAUGGCAGCUACUAUUUCUUUAUGCUUUUGGUUGUAAC